AUUUCCGUGUCAGAUAUUUUUGCAUAUAUAUCUAUGUAACUGACCUCUCCUUUGCGAAACAAAUUAAACUCAGACUCAACAAUAAUUGAUCUUGCAUACUCAGAAUAUGGCAUCUUCUUCAAGUGUUGAGGGAGACAAGUAUCGCUCUUACUUGUAUGCAGAAGCAGUGAAAAAUACCAAAUGGAGGUUUGGUGCUCCUCCUAACUACGAUGUUGUCAACAAGCUCUUCGAAGAAGGCAGAACCAAGAUAUGGCCUCCUGGAUCACUUGAGGAGAAGGUUCAAAACAUUGUAAAGACAUGGGAAAUGGAGAUGUUCCAUAAAUCAAAUUUUGAAGACUACAAAACAGUUAAUCCAAAUAAUUACACUUUCAGCCUCAAUGGAAGAAAAGCAAUAACAUUGGAAGAAAAAAGGAAGCUUGGAGGAGGGUACAACUCCUUUAUGCAAACCUCCUUACCAGAGGAGUUCAGGUGCUACAAUCCAGCUGAGGAAACUGCUGAUUCAUCUCAUGUCGCCUUCACAACAGCAUUUCCAAGAGGUUUUGCUCUGGAGAUUGUCCAAGUCUAUUCAGGUCCACCACAAAUUAUAUACAAGUUCAGGCACUGGGGUUACAAGGAGGGUCCUUUCAAAGGCCAUGCCCCCACUGGGGAAUUGGUAGAACUCUUUGGAAUUGCCAUUUUCCAGAUGGAUGAAGAAAUGAAGAUUGUGAAGGUAGAGUUCUUUUUAGACCGCGGAGAUUUGCUUGGAGGUCUUAUGAAAGGUGCUCGAUUGGAUAGUGGCAAUGAGGAAGUGGCUUUGAGCUGCCCUUUCUUGAAGAACACUGGCUGAGAAAUUACUCCAACUAAUUUUCUUUGUAUGAAUGAAAUGAAACAAGAAAAAGGAUCUUUCAGAAUUUGUACUCCACCAAGCUGUAUCAGUUGUCAUAUUGUUGAAAAUAAAAUUUGA